UCAAGCCUCAGAUCCUCAGAUCUUCGGAUCGAAGAGGAUCAGAGGUGGAGAGCCUUCUACUAUAUCACAGCGAUCACAGCCUCCUCUCAGCACGCGCGCUCGCAAUCUCUCCAACUCCGGUGUUGACAGUUCUCGGCUCGACGGCUCAGCGGCUCCUGGCCGUUCGCGAUUUGGCCCCACUUUGGCCACAUCCAAUCAACAUUUCCCCAUUCCCCAGGCGCGUCUUUGGCUCUGGCACAGCAGGCGCAGUGGCGCGCGUGUCCGGAUCUCCCACAUCCCGCGACGCCUUCCAGCACACCCAACAACACCCCUCUUAAACCUUUCCAUCCACAACGAUCCUAAUCUCUCCCACGCUCAUUCUACUCGUCACUCCCGCAUCGACUUACAUUCAGCAUGGCCGCUGUCCCUGACUCUGAACUGCUCUUCUCGCGCUCCUACAUUCCUGCCGCCGUGCAGGCCCGUGUAGGGUCGGACAUCGAGAUUCGCCCUCUGGCCCAGUCAGAUAACGCCCGAGGCCAUUUCGAUCUGUUGACGGUCCUCACCGAAGCUCCACAAGUCAGCGCCGAGCGCUACGUGGAGCGCUUCCAGUCUAUGAAGGCAUGCAAGGACACUUACUUUACCGUUGCGUUCAUUCACAAGCCCACGGACAAGCUCGUUGCUGUGGGCACUGUCUUCAUCGAGCGCAAGUUCCUGCGCGGGACCGGUAUUGUCGGCCACAUUGAGGACAUUGCCGUCUCCAAGUCCAUGCAGGGGCGCAAGCUGGGUCUUCACCUUAUCAACACACUCGAGGAAAUCGCUCGCUCAUGCGGCUGUUACAAAGUCAUCCUCGACUGCAGCAAGGACAAUAUUCCCUUCUAUGAGAAGUGUGGCUUCAAGCACAAGGAGUACGAGAUGGCAAUGUACCUCAACAACAGCACUCGGGUCCCCAACGCGCGGAUGUGAAACAUUCAUUGCUCUCCUAACACGGUCGCUCUCUUCAAGGUUGUACAAUGCUGCGCGCCUCGUUCGAUUGAAUUGCAGUAUCCAUACCCUCCAUUCACGAGUCACUGGUAUGCAGUCUGCCCAUGUCAUCG